UGUAUACACUACGUACAGUAAGCAGACUGACUGGUUGGCGACCUUGUUAGCUAAGUAGCUUAUCUCUUUACUUUUCUAAUAGAAGGCGACAUUAAACCAGGGAAAUUAAACAACGUUCUGCUGGAGAAUUAGUGGUUUUCAAGAGGGUUAUGCACUUUGGUGUUGGAAAGACGCUCAAAGGAAAGUAGGCUAAAAGGUUGAUUUUGCUCCGUAUCUUGAAGCUGUGUGGUGUUGUUACACGAAGUCGGCUACUUGCACUUCUGAGACUCAGCCUACGGACUGGGUGUGUAUGGAUGUAAAGAGGGGACAUUCUGUAUUGUCGAUACAAGACGAGCAACCAUGGUAAAACAGAGAUGCCCAGUAUUCCCUCACCCCCCUGUGCAAGUGGUCUCAGCCGGUCUCCAGUGAGGACUCUCCCCCUCUACCCCUCUCCGUCCUGCGUAAUGGUUUAACCCACACGAGAUCUGGUCACCAUGAUGAUGGCCUCCAUGGUUGCCAACGGAAACAGGGAUGGCAGACAGGGGGAGGCCCUGGUCCUGAAAGGGGUGGACCCAGAGACCUGCAUGAUCGUGUUCAAGAACCACUGGGCACAGGUGGUAAAGAUCCUGGAGAAGCAUGAUCCUCUCCGCAGCAACACCAGCAGCAACAUGGCUGCCCUUGGUGUCAUCGGCCUCUCCAGCGGCGGCCCCAUGCGUUUCGGCGGGCCCAUCCCGGGGGACGAGGCCAGUGCGGUGCAGAACUACGUGGAACACAUGCUGUUCCUGCUCAUGGAGGAGGACGCCGGCCAGGCGGGAGCCAUGGGACCCAUCCUGGAGUUUGUGGUGAUGGAGAACGUCAUGGAGAGGCUCUUCCUGUGGAGCCUGAGACGACAGUUUACUGAUGAUAUGAAACUGGAGCAACUCAAGAUGUACGAGAUGAUUGUGGGCCAGGCGCGGCAGCCCUUACUGCACCACAAACCUGUGUUACGACCCUUAAUGAUGCUCCUGUCGUCGUGCUCGGGGACAGCUGGCCCGGAGGUGGAGGCUGAGCUGGUGUCAUUACUCAACCAACUGUGCUGUGUCCUGGCCAAGGACCAGUCUGUCCUGGAGCUCUUUUUCCAUACCAGUGAGGAUCAGGGGGCGGCCAACUUCCUGAUCUUCUCCCUGCUGAUCCCCUUCAUCCACCGGGAGGGCCUUGUGGGCCAGCAGGCCCGGGACGCCCUGCUCCUCAUCAUGUCACUGUCUGCAGAGAACCAGCGCGUGGCCCAGCACAUCGCAGAGAACACCUACUUUUGUCCGGUGCUGGCCACGGGGCUGAGCGGUCUCUACUCGUCUCUGCCCACCAAGCUGGAGGUGCCCGGUGAGGAGUGGCACUGCCUCCACAGAGAGGACUGGCUACAGAUGCCCACCCUGGUCCAGUUCCUCAACUCACUGGAGUUCUGCAAUGCAGUCAUUCAGGUGGCUCACCCCAGCAUCAGGGACCAGCUGGUCAGCUACAUCUACAAUGGCUUUCUGGUGCCUGUGUUGGCACCAGCCCUCCACAAGCUGACCCUGGAGGAGGUGAUGACUACCACGGCCUAUCUGGACCUGUUCGUGCGGUCGGUGUCAGAGCCGAUCCUGCUGCAGACCUUCCUCUCCUUCAUCCUCCUCCACCGCCACGAGAACGUCCACAUCCUGGACACGCUGGUCAGCCGCAUUAACACACCCUUCCAGCUGGGUACUGUGUCUCUGGCGCUGUUCCAGACUCUCAUUGGACUGUACUGUGAGGAUGUGAUGCUGCAGCUCAUCUUGAGGUACCUGAUCCCCUGUAAUCACAUGAUGCUGAGCCAGAGACGUGUGGUGAAGGAGAGAGACUUCUACUCUGUGUCGGCCGCUAAGAUCCUGGCGCUCACACCCUCCUGCUGCUCCCCCGAACACAGCCCCCCACCCCUCAGACAGCUGGACUCCAUCCUCUGGUCAAAGGGCACAGACAACAGUCCUAACACUGGCACCAUGGAGACCGAGGAGUCCUUUUUGGAGGAGGAUGGCUCGGGCUACUCCUGCGUCAUCGGCUCUGAGAUCUACCUGGACGUCAACUACCUGCACUACCUUUACAACGCCCGCCUGGGCAUCAGCAGCUGCACCAGGGCCUGCCAGGUGUGGUCAGCCCCCUACGAUGGAGAGGACCCCCCUCCAGAGGAGUACCAACCCAGUGCCCUGGAGGAGGCUGGGGCCAGGGGACGCCAAGCCCAGACGGUCAACCCCAAGAGGUCACAUCCACAUCCACGGCCUCGUCCCCCCUGCCCGCCCCAGACCACAGACCCAGCCCCUACUAAUCAACUAGAGCUGGAGUGGGACGAUAGUUAUGAUGCCGGUCCGGUGGUGCCCCCCGAGGCUGCUACUGCUGAGAGUAGUAGACCUCCACAGCCACCUGCAGCCGAGCCGCCCAAACACAUCCAGGAGAUGAGGAGGACUGCCAUCAUGCUGGUUAAGGGUUCCUACAUUGAGGAGUCCGACUUCCAGGAUGAUGUCAUGGUCUACGACCUUGUGGCAAAGAAGGACGCCCGCGAUACUGUGGAUCGCCGCAGACCCAGCAGGGAGACACUACCGGAAUCUGACAUGGACUCAGAAUUUAACCUUGAGGAGGACCAUUUCAAAGUAUCCAGUCUACAGGAGAAGGAUGAGGUCCCCCUCAGCAAUGGCCUGAGUCUUCCACCCCAUCCCACCAACAUGGAGGUCAACAGCUCGGAGGUCACAAAGGGGUCAAAGGAGGUCAAAGCUCAUGUUGCGGACCACAACUCCAACCUCCAGAGCCCCUUGGCUACUGAGGUGGGGGACGACCUCAUGGAUCAGUACGAGGAGCUGAUUCGUACGCUGGGCAGCGACGAGGCUGGGACUGGGGGGAGCAGCCAUGUGAAAACGGUGGACAAAGAGUUCCGGAAUCCUGUUGUCACCCCCAUGGAGGAGGACGAGGUGGACUUCAGCUCCUUCUCUGUGGAUACGCCUGAGCUGGAGAAGCAGCACUCAUCCCUGUUUGGGACCAAGCUCCGCAGUGGGAGCACUAGGAGUCAUUCUGUGCCUUUUACAGGGCCAUUUGUCAGUGUGCUGUUGUCACGUCUGGAGAACAUGCUGGAUAACUCUCUCCAUGUCAACCUCCUGCUGACUGGUAUACUGGCCCAGCUGGCUGCCUACCCCCAGCCCCUGCUGCAAUCCUUCCUCCUCAACACCAACAUGGUGUUCCAGCCCAGCGUGCGCUCACUCUAUCAGGUACUAGCAUCCCUUAAGAACCAGAUAGAGCAGCAGGCCUCGACCAAGAAGGACUUCCCAGAGCUGAUCACCUCCGCCCAGCACUGCCUCCUGGCCAGGGAGAGUUCACUCAAGGGUCAAGAUACAAACAGCGGAGACAGCCGAGAAUGUUCCCCCCUGGAGGCAGGAAGGAUGAUGAAGAGCUCUCCUCCUCCCCAGCCCAAGACCAUUUCCCUGGCCAGGACCGAGGUCUUCGCUACCGUCCUCUUCACAGAGUUCCUCAAAGAACUGGCGGCCAUUGCGCAGGAGCACUCAAUACUAUCGCACGUCCCUAUGGAGGAGUAACGAUAUAAUAACAUUGUAAUAAUGUUAUAAUAACAUUAUUAUUAUUAUUAUGAUGUUUUAAUAAUGUUAUGGUAGCAUUGUCUCACAGGGAAGGAGUGAGUGUCUGUCCCUGACCUGUUGUGUCCACUCGGGUCAUUUUAAAAGUUUUAAAAAGACUCUUUGAAAGUUUUUCAUGUUUUCCACUACUUGACGAAGAAGACUAUACCUCUUGGAUUGAUUCACUCGUCUUUUAUCUCUCUCCCUGAGGCAGUUUUUAAAUUGGGUUAUAUAUAUAUAUAUAUAUAUAUAUAUAUAUAUAUAU